AUGCAAUAGAGUAUCUCUUCCAUGGAUACCAACGAUAAUAAUAAUCUUGCUACUUUUUGUUCUGCAAAUGGGUAAAUUAUGACUUGGGAGUAUUCUACUUUACUAUAGCCUAACUUAGUAGAUUCUACAUUUAUUACAAACUUUGGAUCAUGUAAUACAAUCAAAUUUUUAUAUAAUAGUACUGCUCUUAUCUUAUUCUAAAACUCUAUCCUAGCUAUUGAUGUCAUUUAAUUUAAAAUUUUGAACACUUGGAACUUUAUAAAUCCCAGUUCAAAAAUGGUAAAUAGAUUCAUUCUUGCUUAUAAUGGAAACUCUUUUCUAUUGUUUGACUCAUGCUUUUAUGUGUUUGACACAAAUUUCCAGUAAAUUUUUAAUGACUGCUCGUAGCUAUUUGAUGACGUAAUAGUCUAGGCAAAUUUAGACAAAUCGCUUUAUCUUGUAAUAUAAAAAAUAUAUUCAAUUUCAGUAGUUUUUGUAGAUUUAGCCUAAUAAUAACUAGUUUUUAAGGGAGAUUAUAAAAGUUUAGCUUAGAUAUAAUACAUGAAAAUAAGGAGCUUUCCAGAAAGUUAUCCUUAAUAAAGCAACACUAUUUUUGAAAUUCUUGUUUACUUUUCAAAUUUUACUUUUACAAUAUUUAAUUAACAGCUUUCAGUAAUAGCUUCAUUUUAAAAUAUACAACUCUCAUAGGUAGUUGAUAUAAGCUUUGUCACAAGUGACCCAAAUGAUAAUAUUUAUGUAGUUGGAGGAAUUACUAGUUAAAAAUCUGCAACUUUUAAGUAUCAAGCAUUUGCAUUACUUAAGAAUGAAACAGGUAUUUUUUAAGUCAUAGCUGCAAGUAAAAUAAACAAAUUAUUUCCUGUUUAUAAAUCUGUUAAUCCAGCAAAUCUUGCAAUAGGGUAUACCUUUAAAAUAUGUUUUUUUUAAGGUAUAUUUACUAAUAUAUAAGACUAUUACUUUAAUAUGGGUAAUUAAGCUAAUUUUAUAUAAGAAGCUGGAGGUUCUUAAAAUGUUUUAAUGAAUACUUUUUAAUUAAUUAAGUCAGAUUAAUUUUAUUUUUAUGGUGAUUAAAGUGGUUAAAUCACUUUAGACAUCACUAGAAGGCAAUUUAAUCAAAAUGUUUUUGAGCUUAAUGCAGAGUAGAAAUAAUAAAAUGAUUUUAUAUAAGGUGUGUAUUAAAGUCUUUUACUCUAAAAAUACUUUAUAGUAAAAUCAAACAUUCUUGUUUAUGAUUUAUUAACAGAUCAAUAUAUCGAAUAAAUAGAUAUUUAGUCAAGUUCUAAAAUUUAUUCUUUUUAAAUUUUAGAAUAAUAAUAAUCAAUAAUUUUUAUUUAAGGAAACACACUUUUCUAUAAGAAUUACCAAACGAAUAAGUUAUAUUCAUAUAGUAAUUUAUCUAUUGUUACAAAUUACUUACUGGAUAAUAACAAUAUUUACCUUUAUGGAAUAAGUAUAGUAAAAUUAAAUUUUGACAUGACAGUAAAGCUUUUAAUAAACAGUAAUUCAGAUAUCAUUCAAUCAUGCCAAUUAGCGUCUUUAAUUUUAGCCUGUAAAUAUCCUUCUGGUAUUUUGAAUAUUUUUGAUAAGUCAAAUUUUAAUCAUGUUACUUCAAUUUAGCAGCAUUUUAUUGACAGUGGUUAUUUUUUUCAAAUUGAUGAGCUUUUUUAGAGAAUAAUCCUUUAUUCUUAAAACAUUGAAGUUUACAACUUUGCUGGAUUUUUGGAGCUUUAUAUCAAUACAAUAAACUCUCCAAUUUAAGACUUAUAGAUUUUGUAAAAUGACAUAUCUGCGUAGUUGACUAUCUACAUUAAUGUUUAUGAUAGAGCUUCAUUUAACUAUAGAGGAUAAGUUGCAGGAGCAGGAGGAGGAAAUAUUAUAUCAUAAUAAUAUGUUCCACCUCUAAAUUAAAUUUUAUUUUAUUCUUCUACUCUUAGAUUUGCAUAAUUUUUUGCUUUUAAUUUAGAUACUCUAUAGAUAGUUGUGUCAUAUAAAAGUGCAUUAAAUACUCCCUCAAGUACAGUUGCUUAUUAAUAUGAUAAAGACUAAGGUAUCUACAUCUUGCUUGACUCAGGGGGAAAUUUUUAUUUUAUUAAUUAUUAAAUAUAGCAAAUCUAAUUAGCAAGAUUAAUUGAAUAUGAUUAAAAUUCAAAUUACCAAAUUCUAGGAUUUUCUAUUAAUUAUGAAAAUAAUAAUGUUUUUAUUUACUCUUAGACUCAAGUUUUUAAUCUCUACUUGGCAGAACUCAACAAUUAAGCUAGAAAGUAUAUUGUUAAUAAAAAAUAAUUAUUUACUAAAAUAACUACAAACUCUGAUGCCAACACAAAUCAAAAUGGAUUUAUAAUAGCAGGAGAUUAAGGCCUAUUAUAUAAAUAUUAAAAUUCAGCAUUUGAAAAUUUUUAUCAAUUUGAUUAAGAAAUUCAAGAAGUUGUUUAUAACUAAAACAUGAAGUUACUGAUAAUAGCACUCACUGAUAGAUUUAUUGUAUUUUAGAAUUUUAAUUCAAAUUCUUUGAGUGUGUUGAACCCCUGGUCAUAAAAUAGCUUAUAAGAAAUUACUAUAAGUGGAAUGUUUUAAUAAUUUAUCUGUUAAGAUAUUUAUAUGACUAAAGAUAGGUAAAUUUACCAUUACGAUUUCGUAAAUUAAGCAAUUUUAGGUAAGAUAUCUUUCUAAGAUUCUUCGACAUUAAUAUUAUAGAAAAUCUGCUCAGUUAAUAAACCGUAUCUCUAUUUAGGAUCAAAUAUAGGAAAUGUUUUGAUAUAUAAUCAAAACACUUAGAAUUAAGUUAUCAUUAAUUUAUUGGAAAAUUAGAUGGAAAAUAGGUAAAAUGAUGUUUAGAUAGGAAAGUUUGUAGAAACUACGACUGAUUUGUGGGUUUGCUUUUCUAGCUCAGUUGGUAUUUUUAAAAUUAGCCUAUUAGAUUUUAGUUUUAAGCAAAUUGUUUAGUUUAGCAGCCUCACAACAUACAAAUAUAUUUAAUACUUAAAUAUAUUGAUUUUUGAUAUAGAUAAGUAAUACAAUAGGGUUUUUUUAAGUUUUAUUGGAGAAAAGUUAAUGAGAGUAUUUGAUUUAUCAGGAAACAUUAUCAGCCUAGUUUCUUUACCUGGAAGAACAUACAAUAAUUUGUAAAUAAAUCCUUCUCAUUUACUAGCUUACACGUGUUUUCAUAUAAUGAUUUAUGAUAGAUAAACCCUUCAAUAUAUCUAAAGAAUUAGGAGAGAUAACGUCUAUGACUUUAUCACAGAUAUAAUAGAAAUAGAGAGUCAAUAUAUUCUACUUGUAACCUAUACCAAGUAUGAGCUAUUCAAAAUUUAAACUAAGGCUAUUGAAGCAUUGCUGAUGGAUUAAAUUUAACUUCAAUAUCCUUCUUUUAUGGGAUAUGAAAUAAGCUAUGGAUAGUAAUAAAAUAAUAUAUUAGGUUUAUCAGUAAUAUUACUUUCAUCUAAUUAAAUAUAAGAACAAAGGUAUAAUCUUGUAUAUGAAAACAUACAGGACUAAAAUAAGAUAUGCAGUAUCGAUAUUUCAGUGAGUACAUUCUAAGAUGUAUCUUUUUCAAUUAAUAUAAUAAAAACUGUGUCUUUUCCAGAUUCAUCUCAAAGGUUAAUGAUACCUGUAUAGGAUCCAAGCUUAAAUAACUACUGGAAUGUUUAAUUAGUUAAUAGCGAUUUGAGGAAUAUAGACUUUAAAAGUACUGCAAACAGUCUUGUUUAAGUUUAUUCUGAUAAAAAUCUAACAAAUUCAAAAGCUUUAAAUCCAAUUAAAAUCUACAAUGACUCUUUUUUGUGGUACACUAAAGAGGAACUUUAAAUGAGAGAUUUUAGCUUUAUUUUUGAGGAUUAGGUUGGUGAAAUAAAUUUCAACAACUAAUCUCUAAGCGUUAAAUAUAAUAACAUUUAAAUAUAAUCUUAAAAUUUGAGUAAUACAACACUUUUAUUUACAAAUAUGUCAAAUGUAGUAAUAAAUGGACUUUAUCUGACAAAUUUAUAAAGAUAUUUAACUUAAAGUAAUGAGAGUGAUGCCUUAAUGUAUUUUCUUAAUGUCACUAAUGUCAAUAUUUACAAUUUAACAUUAGACAAUAAUUAAAUGAAAAAUUCUUCUUUCUAUGGUUUAAUAUCAGCUAAAAAUAUUUAGAAUUUUAUUUUAUCAAAUUUAAUAAUAUAAAACGCUGAGAUUACUCAUUUAUUUGAAUUUAUCUAAGUUUAAAACCUUACUAUUAAUAAUUUGCAAAUAAAUAAUUGCUUUUAUUCUUAAACUAAUGUAGACAAGCACAUUAUUAAUAUCGUUGGAGUUGUAAACUCAAUGCUAUCAGAUAUUUUAAUGAGUUAUAAUGUGAAUUUGCUUUUUAUAAAAACGAGUAAUAUUUACGAGGAUAAAGGUAUUAACUACAGCCUUUCUACUGAUACAUUAAAUAUUACAAAUUUAAAAUUACAGUAAAAUAAUAUUACUGAUUCAGAUUCUUAAUCUCUUGUGAAUAUCUAAUGUUCUUUUUGUUAUUUAGAGAAUAUUACUUUCUCUAAAAACUAAGGAAAUUUAAAAAUACUCUAAUCUUAAUACUUGAAUAUAUCUAAUAGCUUAUUUGAAUACAAUUAGUGCUUGAAUGGUGGAGCUCUAGCAAUUAUUUCUAGUAUAAACUAGGUUAAAAUUUAUAAAAGUUAGUUUAUUCACAAUUUAGCAUUUGCAAGUGGUGGAGCAAUAUAUUUAGAGAAUACAAAUGCAUCCAUACAUAUGGACGCUUAAGUCGUAAUAACUUAAAAUAAAGCUCUUAUUGGAGGAGGAAUUAGACUUUAUAACAACCAAUUAAAUUACCCAUAAGAAAUUCAAAAGAAUUAUAAAAACUUUAUCUUUGGCAACGAAGCUGACUUGUAUGGAAAUAAUUUUGCAACAUUCCUUCAAAAAGCAAUUAUUGGAGUAUUUUAAGAAGAACUCAAUAAAUAAAAUGGAGAUUCUGAGAAUAUUAUAGAAUAUAAAAUAACGGCUUUUGAAGACAUGAACUUAGCGGACUAGAAAUAAUAUUAACAAAUACUUGAAAUAUUUAACUUUUAGAGUGGAGGCUUAAUCAACCUAUUUAUAAAGUUAAUUGAUUCAGAAGGAACAUAUUUGAAUUUUUCUUUUGAUUCAUUCUAUUAUUAAAAAUACCCUUAAUCUAUAAUAAAUGAAUUAUAAUUCUACUAAUUUAAAUUACAAUCUUAAACUCUUAAUUAACAAGUCUUAAUCAAUGGUCCUAAUGUGGUAACUUCUUUUGAUUAUAAUGAUGAAAAUAAAUAAUUUAUUUUUUAGCAAAUCCAAAUUACAAGUAUUCCUAAUUAAACUACAUAUUUAAUCAUUUAGCCUAAUUACACAUCUACUGAUAUUAAUGUACUCCCUAUUUAAAUAAAGUUUAAUAUGAGAUUAUGCUAAAUAGGAGAAGUCAUUAAACAAAUCGAAGCAAAUAUAUUUAGUUGCUACUCUUGUCCAUUAGGAUCAUACUCUCUAAUUGAUACGGCCCAAGAUCUAAUUUUAAUAAAUCAAAUAUUAAAUUAAUAAGGAAAUACUAAAGAAAGUUAAAAUAAAUAAAUUGCUUUACAUGAUUGCUAAAAAUGUCCUUAAUAAGCCUUAAGCUGUUAAAAUAGCACUAUUUUUUUAAAAAGUGGAUAUUGGAGAAUAAACAACACUUCUACUGAAAUUGUAGAAUGUACUUUACCAUUUAAUGCAUGCGAUUAACAAGACUAGACAAGUAGAAAUGGUUGUAUUAGAGGAUAUAAAGGCCCUAUCUGUAGAGUUUGUGACUUAACAGGAGAAGUUUGGGAUGGAAAAAGGUAUAUAGAAUAGUUUUCAAAUGAAUAAAUAUGUGUGGAAUGUGGCAACGUAAACUCAUAAAUAGUAUUCUUAUUUUUUACUUACCUAUUUUUAAUGAUAUACAUAAUCAUUAAUGUAUUACUGAUUUUUAACUCAUUAAUUUAUUUUUCUACUUGCUACUACAUUAGAAAAAUGGGAAUAUUACCUAUUUCAAGAAAUUGCAUCAGAGACCCGUCUUCCUUCUAUCUAAAAAUACUUAUCAACUAUAUUUAAAUUUCAUCCUUUUUAACUAAUUUUUCUAUUAGUCCCUUCCCGAAUAUGGUUCUUUUUGUUUCAGAAUUUUUAGGAAAUGCUAAUACUUAAGUCAUUAUAAAGUGUCAUUGUUUAAUUAGUUAGGAGCUGAUAAAAAAAUAUGGUUUAGCUCAUAUCAACCAAAUUUUAGAAGCUUCUUUACCAGUAUUGACUCUGAUAAUACUCUUAAUAAUACUCAAUAUCUUUAGAAAAUUUAACAUAUUUAAAGUAAAAAGGUUCCAUCAAUUUACACUCGUUAAUUUUAUAUUUGUAUUUUUUUAGCCAAAUUAAAUAAAGUUCUUUACAAAGCAGCUUUCUUGUACAAAAAUAGGCUCUUAAAAUUAUGUCAGCUCAGACUUGACCAUAUCAUGUGGAGACCUAGAUUAUAAAAAUUUCACAUAUAUUGUAUCAAUACCGCUACUUAUCAUUUGGAUAACUUACCCUCUAGUAAUAUUUAAGCUUUUGUAAAAAAGAUCUAAAUAACUUUAAACUUGUUACACCCUUUACUACUUCGGUUAUUAUUAUCAAGAGUAUAGGGAUAUGUUUUAUUACUGGGAAUUUAUUAGAAUAUAUUUAAGAAUAAUUGUAGCUGUUGUUAUUACUCUUAGCACCUAUUCUAACUUUAUCAAUUACUAAAUCGUUAUUAUGAUACUUAUUGUAUACCUUAAGCUUAUGCUUACUCGUAAUCCUAUCAGAAACAACUGGUUACAAAAACUUGAGUUAUAAACGAAUAUGAUUCUAAUAUUAAUUUGCUUCUUAUAGUCAAUAAAUAUGUUUUUAUACUCAGACAUUAUUCAACAUAUUUAAUAUUUUAUUCAUUAUUUUGUAAUUUUUAUUAUCAUAUUAUUUAUUGUGCUAUAUAAAAUAAGUAAUUCCAGAACUAUAAUAGGGAAGUGCUUUGGGCAGUUUCUGCAUUAUAUUUUACCUUAAUCUUGGUAUAAUUCGUAUAAAAAAUAGUUUGGAGUUACUAAUUGGAAUGUUUACAAACUUUGGAUAUUGGUGAAAAAAAAUCUGAAUGUUUUGGUAAAAUUUUAAGCCUUAUAGAAAAUUGUAGAUGAGGAUUAGAGCAAGUAAUUGAAUGAUUAAACCUAAGAUCCAAAUAACAUUUAGAAUAGCAGUUCCUUAUUUUAGAAAAUAUCAUUAAUAAAUUAAGUUUAACGUUAGCUAUAAACAGAGUUUUCUAAAUUUAAAAGUGGAAUUUAAUAAUAUAAAAGCUUCUAAUUACAAAAUAGUGUUAAUCAAACUUACAUCAAAGACGAAAUUAUAACUAAAAGUAAAGAAAAAUAAGAAUUAUCAGAUAUAUUUUUUUGUGAAUAAACCUCUUAGUAUGCUGGUGAAAUUAAUGAAUCUUAAGGGACACUUCAAUUUUAUGUUAAUAAUAAUUAGCGAUUAGAAUAAAUCUAUUAGACAGAAUUUAAGCUAAAGAAAAACUUAGAUUAACUUUAAUUAACAUUCAGAAAUAACGACAUAAAUUGA